CUUCUCUUUUUCCCAUCGUAGCUCAGCGCACUGGGCGCUCUCCACCUGACCGCCUGAAGUCCAGAAGGGCACGUCUUCUUUCGAUGCCAGGGAGCAAUGGGACGCCGAGCCCGCGCUGCGAGCCUUGCCGCGCAUGACGAACCUCAAGGUCCCAGGGACCCUGAUUCUCAUCAGCGGUGGUCUGGGUCCUAACGAGCGAAUCAGCACCAGCUGCUCCCUCCUAGGCUUCACGUCCAAGGACUGCAUGCUGUGGCGUUGCGGCAGGCUGCCACAGCCGCGCCAGCUCCACGCGUCCGUGUUCUUGGACGGCCACUUGUACAUUCUGGGCGGCUUCGACGUGAGAAACUCCAACGAUGGUCUGAGGUUCGCUACCAAGACCUGCUUCAGAAUGGCGUUGUCCUCGGGCAAGUGGGAACGGCUUGCUGAUAUGAGCCACGCUCGCUGUAGCCACGCUGCCGUGGUCGUGGAAGAACGCAUCUACGCGGUUGCUGGCCAGAACGAGUUGGGCAUCUUCCUGAGCUCGGUGGAAUGGUACGACCCGGGUUCCGACGUCUGGUCCGAACUGGAGGUGCCCCUGCCUUGCCGGCUGUCGGCCUGCGGCGUGGCCUGCUUUCGGGGCUCGCUUCACGUGGCCGGGGGUCUGGUGCAAACCGCGGAGAGGCAGGAUUUCUAUCUCAUUUCCACGCUGGAGCGCUGGGACGGUCAUCGUUGGACCAUAGCGGGACCCAACCUGCCAUCGGGACGAGAAUCUCUGGGGCUUGUGGAGCACGCGGGCAAGCUUUACGCCAUCGGAGGCCUUGCCAGAACCAAGGAGGGACAGCUACGGGUCCUGCCGGACGUGCUCAUCUACGACGGCCAGGAGGACGUCUGGAGGAUAGGGCCAUCCCUACCGGAGUCCUUGCACGCCUGCCACGUGGCGUCUCUGGACGGCAAGUUGACUGUUAUGUGUGGCUUCCGGUCACCCCACGGCAUGACACAUCCUAGCCCGGUGAUCCUCCAGCUCCAAGGAAGCCAGUGGAUCCCCGUCGCCAGGAUCCCCGUGCCCCUUGCCGGCUGCUCCGUCGCGGUGUGCCGAUUUGGAGGCCCCGGUUCGAGCGCGCCGCCUUGAAGUUCAGCCAACGGCGCACGAAGUAACACGGCAACAACUGCCUACCUGUGGCGAUCUUUCUCGAAGCACGCCAACAAUUCCGAC